GGCAAUAAUGGAUCAAGGUAUGUGUCAAUCCCUCCAACAAUGAUGAAUUGAUUAGGAGUCCAAUUCAGUAUUUAUAACUCAAACAGAAUCACUCUCAUACCCAGCACGGAGGAGGCAGAGAGUAUCCUGAACAAUGAUGAUUUGUUGAACAAAACGGAUAGUAUAUUUACCAACUCAGCUGUGAGAAAAAGGAUUAGUUAUAAGGGAAAUCAACAGGAAGACAAAUUUAUUAACAAUCCGACUAAAAAACCUAAAAUUAGAAAACAGUUAAACUUCAAAAACCUCAAUUCAAAGCAACUUCAAAAUUUAGAAAGCCUUAAGGCUACUGUGCUUAUGGGGAAAUCACUUUUAAAAUCACCAAGUCGCAAUAUCCCAAAGCGGGGUAUUAAGAGCAAAAAUAGCUUUAAAUAAGCUCCGGAAUCAUAUCCAAAAGAUGUCUAGAAAACACCACCUCCAAAAAACUUCCCUCCAGAAUCCUCAGCCCGAGCACCCGCACACAAAUAUCCUUCCCUUCAUGCCUGCGUCUGGAGUAAAACCCACUUAUUUCCACUCAAAAAUCUCCAAAAAAUCGCCGAAACUACAUUUUUCACACCAAAUCGCCCCUAGAACCCUCAAAAACUAGCCAUCAGCGUAUAAAAUCCCUCUCAAAUCCAAAAAUCCCUCUCCAAACAGCCUUGCUGAACCUGAUCACCCCAAAACACAAAUUUCCCCCUAAAACCCCUCUCUCCACCUCCAAGACCCCUGCCAGCCCAGUCAUCACGAAGAAAAGUACAAGUUUCUUUACUAGAGAAGCAAACCAGCAGAAGAUCUCUAAGGCCACUGAAGGAAAUUUCUUAUUGAAAUAAGGAAUUUUUAGGGAAA